AAUACACACAGACAGACGGAGAGAGAGAGAGAAGGAGAGAGGGACGAAGUGGAUAACAGAGAGCUUUUUUCCCCCAUACUCUCACCAAUACCUGGAUUACUGUAUUUGAUAACCUGAAGUGAAUCUGCCUUCCCAGGUUUGUCCUUCUCCCUCCCUGGCCUUGGCAGCAGUUCCAUCAUGGAUAAUAAUCAGAUUUAUGAAACCACUUAUGACAACGUGGGGUAUCAUCACGAUGAAGUCAGACCCCCACCAUACAACCAACAGCACAACAGUAUAUACCCCACCCUCCCUAUGCGGACCCCCACCUAUGUCACUGUUACUCCGAGCCCCGUCAUCAACACACACCACACUGUAACACCUGGAAUACCUGAGGCAACUGCAGCACCUGUAACCCAGACAGCGCCGUACAACACGGGACAAACGAAAGGUCGAAAAAAAUGUCACUGGAGGAGCAUACUGUGUGCCACUCUGUGUGUGCUUCUUGUCCUGGGAGUUCUCGCUCUCUUACUCUGGUACUUCUUGUAUUACCAGUGUUUACUGGGGCGGUCGUGCAGAGAUGGAGGGAAGUGUCUGAGUCUGUCUCAGUGGUGUGACGGUGUGCAGGACUGUACUCAUGGAGAGGAUGAAGCUCAAUGCUUUCGCCUCCACGGGACCAACUUCCUGCUGGAGAGUUUCUCUGCUGACACUCAGAAGUGGAUGCCAGUGUGUGCUGAAAACUGGGACAACAGCUACGGGCGAGCAGUGUGUGAACACAUCGGAUACAAGAGUCGGGAUUAUGUGUCUUCCGGUGAAACCAGUGCUGGCUCUUCUGCCUCAGACGGAUACAUGAAGCUGAAGUCUGGGAGCGACCACGGCUCACGCAUACAGUCACAGCUCAGACACAGCAAAAGUUGCUCAUCCAGAGCUGUCAGUCUCCGCUGUGUUGAUUGUGGUCAGAGCUCAGCGGCUCCCAGCUCUCGUAUUGUCGGUGGUACCGAGGCAGUAGAGGGGGCCUGGCCGUGGCAGGUCAGUCUCAUGUAUAGAGGUCACCACACCUGUGGAGGCUCCAUCAUCAGCAGUAAGUGGAUCCUCUCUGCUGCACACUGCUUCCAAAAUGCGUUUGCCUCUCCUUCACAAUGGAGAGUUUUCCAUGGUGGAUUGAGCUUAAAUGUAAUGAGCCAUGGCAGCGGACAGUCAAUUGUCAAAAUCAUCACCCAUGAAAAGUUUGAUGACAGAACCAAUGAUUAUGACAUUGCUGUCCUGCAGCUUCAUACAUCCAUGCCAUUUUCACGUACAGUGAAGCCUGUGUGCCUUCCAAACAUCGGUGUGGACCUCUCAGCUGAGCGUCAGGCUUGGAUUACAGGAUGGGGAGCUCUACGCUCAUCUGGACCGUCCCCGGACAAACUAAACCAGGCCCAGGUGACCAUUUACAGCAGAGAGAUCUGCAACCACCCACGGGUGCUGAAUGGGGAAGUCACUGAGACGAUGAUCUGUGCCGGAAAACUGGAGGGGGGCGUCGAUACGUGUCAGGGGGACAGUGGAGGACCCCUGGUGGUGAAACAGGCAGGUGUAUGGUGGCUGGUAGGGGACACUAGCUGGGGGAUCGGAUGUGCUUUGAGGAACAAGCCAGGAGUUUAUGGCAACGUGACCUUCUUCAUCGACUGGGUAUAUACACAGAUGCAGAGUGAAUGGUAGAGUUCCUGGUCAACCUGAAGAUGAACAUCUUUAAUAAAUCAGCCGUUUUUAUUUCAUAACAUAUGAUGCACUUUAAAUCUGAAGCUCUGAGGAAACUUUCUGAUCAAGACCGUAGUAAAAAAAAGUACAAAUUAUGAACCCUUCAAUUAUUUUUAUAUCAUAGUUCAGAUUGAAUGUUUGUUAUGGAACUAAAUCAAGUUAUUUAUUUGUUAAAUAAAACAAAUUUUGCACAAAGGCAUUCAUUUUUUACACAUGUGCCUGUUUUUAUCUGCUUUGAUGAUGGCUAACAGAUCAAACAUGUGGAGCUGGGUUACACUCCUGCUGCAGGGUUUUUUUUUGUUUUUUUUUUUUUGCACAUUUGACCUUUAGUAAAACAUGUAUGGAAAAAUCUGUCUUUACAAGAAAAUUAACCCACUUCCUGCUUCUCUCUUCACCAUGACUUCUGAAAAACUCCUAAUGAGGAAGGCUGAGCUGUGGUUAAAGUUCAGGGGUAAUUAGAUUAUUUGCCUCCUAGCUUACAAACAAAAGUUCCAGUUUAUUCUUCCAACGUUCAUGACUCCAUGUUGUUUGUCUACUGUGUCAUAUUUACAGCUUAAUUACACUGACGUGCUCCUCUUGACGAUUACAGCCACAGUGUUGGUUUGUAGGUCACUGUGUGUCUGAUAAUAAACAGUAAAGCGUUCGCAGGUCUGCGCUAUCUGUGUGUGUCUGCACGUGACUGUAGCAGGAAGAGUUCACUGAUGAGAAAGGCACAACUUCAACUGUUUCCUUAACCUGUUUCAAGAAAAAGAGUUCCUGUUAAUAUGUUCUCCUUGUCUUUAAUGAUAAUCAGUCAUCUUUAAUCAAUUCUGUAUCUCUUUGAAAUCCAUUUGAUCUCCUUCUGAUGGCUCUGUUGAGCUCUAAUAGUUAAAAUCUAACUCUAAGAAUAUCUUUAUCUGCUCAAAAUAUCAGUAAUGGACAGGGAAUAUAUAAAGUUUAAGUCUAACAAUUGAUUAAACAUGUUUAUGCACUGAUGCAAAAACAAUAGUCCUCUACUUUCUUAUUAAAUUUCCCAGAUGUGAACUGAACAACAACUUCUGGAACAUCUGGACGAAUGAUUUGUUUGCACUUUAGAAUUUGUACUCUUGAUGUGAACUUUUUUUUUUUUUUGCUUGGAUCACAUUUUUUGUUCUCAAAUGUGUACUUUUUCUGUUCUAUUAAGGAGAAUGACAGUGACAUUAAAACUAUUGUGGUAGCAGAAACAUUACCAUCAGCAGGGAAUUUCAUGCUUUUAGAGUUCACAUUCAUCUUGUAUAAAUAUAUUUUCUUAGUUCAUUUUUAAAACACAUUUCUCUGUUGAACUUUUUCAAAGAACACAGUGAUUUAUUCCACUGAAUGGAAGCCCGUUACGAAACAAUUUUUCUACAUAGCACAGGAACUACAAUGUGACCAUGCGUGACCUAUUAUCACAUGUUGGCCAUGCUAAUUGGUGACUCAUUACUGCCCCCUUCUGCUCGGAGUAAAUGGUAAAAAUGACUUGCUAUACAGCUGUGCUCGUGUUUUGUUAACUCAACAUAAAUGAAAUGUGUAAACUUGAUACAAUUAUGUUCCACCUUAAGAUGUGAAUUAGUUAACAAGAAUGGGACAACAUUCCUCUCCCAAAACUGCAGCAGCUGGUCUCCUCACUCCCCAGAUGUUUACAGACUGUUGUUGAAAGAGGAGGGGAUGCCCUGUCCCUACUUUUUCAGACAUCUUGCUACCAUCCAAUUCCA